AUGUCAAGCAAGGUUUUAAAAUCUCUCGGCCUGCUUGCGGUAGGUACAAUAUCGGGUGUUUCUUUGGCAGGCUUGUACAUUAAAACUGCACAAGAACCCGCGAAUGCUGUUGAGCUUUCUCGUAGAUCGAGAACAGAUCCUUCGGUACUUCCAGAAGAUACGAAAUACGACUUUGAUCCCGCAAAGUUUUUACAGUAUGGAAACCCUGGGCCCGUAGCUGAUCAAAGAGUCGCUCAUGGAUAUAUGUCUGUGUUUGAUAGAAGAACACGCAACCCUUAUUAUACUGUCGAAACGAUUACAGAAGAAUUGUUAGAGCAAAGAAAUGGAAACCGCAAAUUCUCAGAGUUCCGUCAAGAUUCGAAUAUUCCUGAAAUGUUUCAGGCUAAGCUGUUAGAUUACAGAGGCAGCGGUUACGAUCGUGGUCAUCAAACUCCUGCAGCAGACUGUAAAUUCUCUCAGGAAGCUAUGGAUGACACAUUUUUAUUGUCGAAUAUGUGUCCUCAAGUUGGUGAGGGAUUCAACAGAAACUACUGGGCAUAUCUCGAAGAUUGGUGUAGAUCCCUUACCAAAAAGUACGAAUCUGUUACCAUCAUGACGGGACCAUUAUACCUUCCACAGAAGAACGAGAGAGGACAAUGGGAAGUCCGUUAUCGGAUGGUAGGAAACCCACCAAAUGUAGCUGUUCCUACUCAUUUUUUCAAAGUCGUUAUUGCUAAAGAAAAGGGUAAAGACAGCAUGAAGCCUGUUGUUGGUGCCUUCGUUCUUCCCAAUAAGCCUAUCGCCGACAACUUCCCUUUGAAAAACUUUGCAGUCCCCGUAGAAGUAGUUGAACGCUCCAGUGGGUUGGAGAUUCUCCAAAAGGUUUCCAAAGGUAACCGAAAAGAGCUUUGCAAGCAAAUCGAAUGCAACCUCAAUACCAAAGCAUUCCUUGAAGAAAUCCAGCGGAAGCAACGUAGAUCUUAA